AUGUGGAAUCACUCUAUAUGGAAUUUUCUGGUUGAAGAAGGCCACGAGAUAACAGAAUGGGCUAAAUGCGGUGACGACUAUCUGUCUACAGUGCCCACUCUGCUUUGGGCGGUUGGUGCGUCGGCGUUCGCCCACCGUCUCCUCCACAACAUGUUCCGCAGGUUCCUCUUCAGAAGAGUGCCGCUGUGGGAGCAGAUCUUGCAGGGCGAGAUAUUAGUGGACGAAGACAACUUGGCUAGCCUGCACUUCAUGGAGCAGUGGGUGAUCUGGCUAUGCGGUGCGAUCCCUAUUGCCACCUACAUGUACACCAGACAGCAGUCUGCUGACCCUCCUCUCAUGAUCUGG